GGCUGCACAACACACGUGAUCCAGUCAUUUGACAAGGCAAAACACGGCAGUAGAUCAGGAAGACAGGCGACGGACAUGGACCAUCAUCGAGUGGACAGAGUGGGCCUGCUGUCUCCCCUGGAGGAGUCCAGCGCUGAGAUAAGCAGAGACAGCGGCAUCGUCUCCCAGAGUGCAAGCAGUCUGUCCAUGGUGAGCGAAAUCCUCAGCAGCGGUACCGUGUCGCAGAGCCCGAGCUUUGGCGCAGCAGCUAAUGUUAUCUCUCAAAGCCCGAGUCUCAACGAUGCAGCAGACCCCGGGACAUCUGAGCAGCACUAUUCGGAGCAGGACGACGAAAUCCUGAGGCACACCGCCCUCAGCUACUCCGCCUACAUCAGGGCGACAGCUGGAGAAGAGAUCCUGUGCUUGGAGAAGAGUCUUGAAGAAAUGCUGACAAGAGUAGAUGAGUUUGUUGGAAUGCUGGACAUGAUCCGUAACGAUACCUCCCAAAUAGUGAAUGAAAACCUACCUCAAAUCCAACAGAAGUCAGAUGAAAUGAGACAAAUAUACAGAAGAAUUGAUAAGUUAGAGGCCUUUGUAAAAAUGGUUGGAGCCAAUGUUAAUGCAAUGGAGGAGCAGGUCACGCAAGCAGAGGGAGAACUGGGAACACUGCCAGGUGCUUUCAAGAAGAUCCUUCGCACUAUGACAGUACCAAGCUUCCUAAAUAAACCUUCCAGCCCAAGAAGACCAGCACCACAUCAGCGCCAAGAGAUCCCUACCGUGUUCCGGACAGACGAUUAUUUCCCAUCACAGCCAGAGCAGUGACACAUCAGAGCAUUUAACACAUAACUUGGAUCUAACCUCAGAGGCCAAAACUGUAGAGAGAACUUUUACUGCCAUCUUUAACAAGAGGAACUAUUGGUGCACUGGCCUCGAAUAAGCAAUAGUAGCCUUUAUGAACAAGUCACCGGAAGUCAAGUGUGUGAAGACAUUCUGCUCUUCGAGUGUCAUUUAACUGGCAGCAACAAGCAAGCACUGAACUGUAGCAAAAUUAUUUUAAAAGUGCCUAAAUGGGUCUUAUUUCUGUCAUUCUCGUUUCACAGUUUGUGACGAAAACAAUGCCAGAUGUUGGAUUUUAAGAGGUGUCAGGAUGACAGUGUAAAGAAGGUACAAUAGGAAGAGCUCUAAAAAUCUUCAGAUGUAUCACAUGAAUUAACCCAGCUUUUUAUAAAUAAUAUUCAUGUUAUUGGUGUUUGUAAAGACCUGCACUCUGAAAUGAACUGAUAUGUAUUUGUAAUGUCUCUCAUCAAUUCUCCCAAACGAAAUUGAUCUCAUGCAAGCAUUUAAGGUCUUCCAUUUCAAAAUUCUCACUUACUAAUAGCCUUAUGUUAAAGGCUAUGGAUAACAGCUGCCUCGUUGAUAUGAGGCUACAUCUUUGAUAGCACCUUUUUAAACAAAGCACACAAAAGAUGAGCGACCCUGAUUGGUGGGACUAGGAAUAAAUAAAAGUUUGGUAUAAUGAUGGAGCAGCCAUUGCGUUUUGCAACCAUGGAUCUGGUCCUGGUUAAUGUACCCUAGAAAUGCGAUAUUGCCCAUACCAAUCGCAAAAAGAAUCUGCAACAAUGGUCACAGAUGUGGUUCAUUAUUUGAUGAUUUGCCAAAUUAGUUUUUAAUAUUUUUUCAUUGACAGGUUUUUUUUUUGUUUAAGUUUUUUAAGUAAUCAUUAAAGAUUUAUUUGAGACAAA